UUUUCCCUCUCCCUCUUUUGCUUUUCCCUCUCCUUAGGAUUCACCCCACGGAAUCUCCCCGGACCUCUCGGAUCCUCCGGCCGCCGCGGAACGCCGGAAAACCGGGAUCAUUCGCCAUCAAACCCCAAAAACUUCGGGAAAUUUGGGAAAUUUUGGAAAUUUUGGAGAUGCUUCCCAAUCUUUGCCGCUCGCCGGGAUAAACCCGACGCCCAUGCUGCCUCUUCCGGGCCUCAUUCCCGAGUUUUUCCCGGAGAAUCCGGGGCGGCCAUGGCGGAGCACCGGGAGCUGCUGGCCGAGAUGGCGGCGGUGGCGCGGCUCGGCACCCCCGAGAGGCUGCGGCACGCCCGGAGGCGCCGGGCCCAGCAGCUCAAACGGUGGGCGCAGGCCCAGAGGGACGGCCCGGCCCUGCCCGGCCAUGAUGAUGAUGAUGAUGAUGAUGAUGAUGAUGGAAAAGGAGGGGAGAGGAAGAGGAGGAGGAGGAGGAGGAAGAAGAGGGUGACGUUCCCGGCCAGCGUGCGGCUGCUGGAGGCGGCGGCGCGGCACGACGCCGAGGAAGUCCAGCAGUUCCUGGAGAGCGGGAUCAGCCCCGACCUGUGCAACGAGGACGGGCUGACGGCGCUGCACCAGAGCUGCAUUGACGAUUCCCUGUCCCUGGCCCGUCUCCUCCUGGACUCAGGCGCCGACGCCAACGCCCGCGAUGCCGAGCUCUGGACCCCGCUGCACGCUGCCGCCACCUGCGGCCACCUGCGCCUGGUGCAGCUGCUGCUCCACAGCGGCGCCGACCUGCUGGCAGUGAACUCCGACGGGAACAUGCCCUACGACCUGUGCGAGGACGAGGCCACGCUGGACUGCCUGGAGAGCGCCAUGGCGCGGCAGGGGAUCACGCAGGAGCGCAUCGAGGAGGCGCGGGCGGCCACGGAGCGCGCCAUGGUGGCCGAGAUCCACGAGCUCGUGCGGCAGGGAAAGGAGCUGGACACGCCCCGGGGACAGCACGGGGGCACCCUG